CUACAAUUCUUAUUUCGCUUAUCGAACUAUUCAUACGAAUAUAAAAUAUAAAUCUGUUGCUCUUAUCGUGUGACGUAGAUCCCUCAGCGCUGUCACUCGUAUGUGACACGUGUUCAAAUUUGUCUGUGGUUAAAACAUCGAACGUAUCGUAAACAAAGAGUACAAGUCGCGAAUAAACAAAUGUAGAGUCGAAUUUAAAGAAAUUUACGAAAAUGUUGCAGAUGGUAUGGAUAUGGUGCUUGCUUGUGUCAGUGGCAGAUUUGACAUUGGCCCUUGAAAAUGGUCUCGUGAGAACACCACCGAUGGGAUGGCUCGCUUGGGAACGAUUUAGGUGCAACACAGAUUGCAAAAAUGAUCCUGAGAAUUGUAUCAGUGAUCGGCUCUUUCGCACAAUGGCAGACAUUAUUGUAGCAGAAGGAUAUGCUGCAGUUGGCUAUGAAUAUGUUAAUGUUGAUGAUUGUUGGUUGGAAAAAGAUAGAGCUGCUAAUGGUCAACUUGUACCGGAUAGACAAAGAUUUCCAUACGGCAUGAAAAGUCUUUCAAAUUAUAUUCAUUCAAAAGGUCUUAAGUUUGGUAUCUAUGAAGAUUUUGGUAACUAUACUUGUGCUGGUUAUCCUGGAAUAUUAGGGUACUUAGAAACUGAUGCUCUUACUUUUGCAUCUUGGGAUGUAGAUUAUGUAAAAUUAGAUGGAUGUUAUUCCCAUCCAUCUGAAAUGGACAGAGGGUAUCCAGAAUUUGGAUUCUACUUAAACCAAACUGGUCGACCUAUGGUCUAUUCUUGUAGUUGGCCAGUUUAUCAAAUUUAUGCUGGUAUGCAGCCUAACUAUACUUCUAUAACUGAAAACUGUAAUCUUUGGAGAAACUUUGACGAUAUACAAGACUCGUGGAAUAGCUUAGAAACGAUCAUAGAUUAUUAUGGCAACAAUCAAGACGCUAUCGUACCAAACGCUGGACCCGGACGUUGGAACGAUCCCGAUAUGUUAAUUAUCGGCAAUUUCGGGCUGAGUUACGAACAGAGCAAAACGCAAAUGGCAUUGUGGGCUAUACUGGCUGCGCCUCUAUUGAUGUCCGUCGAUCUACGAACGAUUAGACCCGAGUACAAAGCCAUUCUACAAAAUAGGAAAAUUAUUGCUGUAGAUCAAGACCCGUUAGGUAUUCAGGGUCGACGCAUUUACAAACAUAAAGGUAUUGAAAUCUGGGCGAGGCCUAUAACUCCCGUCUAUCAGAAUUACUACUCUUACGCCAUAGCGUUCAUAAAUAGGAGAACAGACGGUACACCCUCCGAUGUGUCCGUUACACUGAAAGAACUUGGACUACAGUAUCCUGGAGGAUACAGCGUAGAGGAUUUAUACGAAGACGUAAACUACGGCGUCUUAACGGCGCAAACGAAAAUAAAAGUUAAAGUGAAUCCAUCCGGAGUCGUGAUACUGCGGUGUAAUUUGCAUUUAGAAGACAUUUUCGAUACGAAUCAAUUCCCACAAUACACGCCAUCGAAUCAGCUUUUCAAAGUUAGACAGAAUUCGUUUAAAUAACACGAAUUAAACAUUAACAAAUUUUUAACUGUAAUUUACCUUUUUUUGUAAUAUUUGACAACACAAUGUUACCAUACUUUGUUAAAAAAGUAGAAAAUAAAAGAAUUUUUUAUUCUGUAA